GAGUCGGGUCUAGCUGCCUGGGCAAGCGGCUCAGCGGCAGAAUUGGUCAGUCGCUGCUGGUGGCUGGAGCUCAGUGCACACUCUCUUGCUCUGCCUGCCUCCUUCCCACCCUACCCCCUCCACCCGUCCCCCAGUCUCUCUUUCCCGGAUCCCUUAGCACGCGCGCGGACCCGGCGGCCGGGCGCGUGUGUGUGCGUGUGUCUGUGUGCGCGUGUGUGAGCGAGCGCGCCAGGGGCUGGAGGCCGGCUCGCGAGCUGAGCUGAGCCAGGCAGCGCGGAGCGCGCAGCCGGGUCUUCCCGGUUUUCUUUUUUUUACAAAGCGGGGCGUUUGCAUUAAGCGCUCCCUUUACUCCCUUCCAGUAAGUGGGUGGCCGCUGCUGGGUUGGCCCUAGUCGGGCCGUGUGGUCGCGAGUGCCCCCAGCCCGCCCCCUCUUCGUGGCUUCUUCCAUUUUCUUUCUGCGGCUUCGAUUCCCCUCCCUUUUUUUUUUUUUUAACUUGGGGGGGAAGCCAGGAGGGUUGAUUAGACGCUGACCGCAGGCCCCCGCGCCCCCCAGUGUUUUCUAAGCUUCCCCAGCGCCCAAGGUCGAGCCUCGUCUGCCUCCCUUCCCGCCCCCUCUCCCGUGCCCCGAGGGGUGGGAUGCUUUGUCCUCUGCCCGGGUCACAGCCGUACCAGCAGCCGUCACCGCACCUGCAGCCGGUCUCGAUAUGAACGGGGCGAACGACCCGCACUUCUUUAUAAAAGAUAUUAAGCCCGGGCUGAAAAACUUAAAUGUCGUCUUUAUUGUCCUGGAGAUAGGACGAGUGACCAAAACCAAAGACGGCCACGAAGUAAGGUCAUGCAAAGUAGCUGAUAAGACGGGAAGCAUCACUAUUUCGGUGUGGGAUGAAAUCGGAGGUCUUAUCCAGCCCGGGGAUAUUAUUCGAUUAACCCGAGGAUAUGCAUCCAUGUGGAAAGGGUGUCUGACUCUAUACACAGGAAGAGGAGGUGAACUUCAGAAAAUUGGGGAAUUUUGUAUGGUAUACUCAGAAGUGCCAAACUUCAGUGAACCUAACCCAGACUAUCUUGGACAGCAGAACAAAGUGGCACAUGGUGAACAAAAAAAUAAUUCUUCAGCAAGUAAUAUGGGUACAGGUACAUUUGGGCCAGUAGGAAAUGGUGUACAAACUGGACCUGAAUCAGGGCGAUUCCCAUUUUCAUAUAAUCAUGCCCACUCCUAUGCAGGUACUGGGAGAGCCAAUGGACGAGGACCUGUAAACCCACAGCUACCAGCAACAGCUAAUGUUCAGCCAGUUGUGACCACAAUAAGUAAUGGGAGGGACCCCCGGAGAGCCUUUAAAAGAUGACCUAUGCCAAAUGUUCACAUACAGCUUGCCUAAACUACAUGAUGCCCUACUUGAACACUUAUUGCACUUUUAUUUAUGGUUAUCUGUGAAAAGUUUGUCCUUUAUUGGUAUGUUUUUAUGUUUUGGUUUGUUGAGAAAAGUGAUUUGUUUUAUGAUGAUGCAAUUAAGCUGCUUAAAUGCCAUCUGAAAGAAUGGUCUAUAAAGGAGGGAAAAUAUUUUUGGAACAACAAAAAAAAAGCAAAAAGCCCCACCCUUCAACUGCACUUCACAUGGGUGAUGGGUCAGCUUUAAUAGUCUCUAUGAGUCUACUGUAUCCUCUGUAAAAAUUUUGUAAUUCCUAUUUGACUUAAUAUGAGAGGUGUUUUUUUUUUUUUUGUCAAAUAAAGAAGUUGCCAAUUAAAACAAUAACUUCCCCCAAAAUGGUUAAAAGAUAGCAGCAAAUGGUUGAGUGUCUUGUGACUCCAAAAAAAGAUUGAUUUUCUGACAUUAAUUCAUGUUACUGCCAUUAAGAUAUUUCCAAUGAUUGAACAAUCUUAGGCUGAUCUUUUAUUACCUAAAACAGGCUAGCAGAAUUAUGAAAUAUAGCAUUUUAAUGACAUUAUAGCAGGUAAUUUUAUUUUUAAAGCUACAUUAUAUUGUAUUUUGGGGCAGGGUUUUAAAAUAUUCUUUGGCUUAAUAUUAUAAAAGAAAGAUUUAAAAUUGUCCCUUAAAUAUUCUUCUCAAAGCCAUCCCUCUUAAAAUGUUUUAGAACUUUAAAAUUAAAAAAAAACCUCUUUAAGAAUAUUAGUCUAUGGUAUAAUUAAUGAAGUGAUGAUGAUACUAAGUAUUUAGCUAAGUUAUGGGGAAAUUGAACAGAAUUCAGGUAGAAAUCCUCAAUCUAAUCAUAAUUUAAUAAGAUGCUUAUUGUCAAAGUGCUGCAGUUUUUUUUUUUUUUUUUCAGCCAAAAUAUCUGAUGUGGAAUUGAAAUUCCUAGAAAUUUAUUUGAGCUUAUGUCAGACAGCUUAUUUUAAAAAAUAAACAUUUCAUCAUCAACUUCAAGUUUCUGGAGAAAAUUUACAGUAUUUUUCAGCCAAAGAUACAGGAAUGCCUCUGGUAGAACUGAAUGUAGCUUUAUUAAGAAUUGCUUUGGGAAGUGGAUUUUAUUUUCACUUGAUAUAUGAUUUCCAUUCAGUUCCACCAUAUCUUGUAGGAUGGAUUACUAGUAAAAUUUUCAUUUGUUCGACUUAUUCUUAAAGUUGACUCCUUGAAUAAAACUUGCACUAAUGUUUAAAAAAAAAAAAAAAAAAACCAAACCCUACUUAAUUCUUUGUCUAGCUUUAAAUGUUACGUUGUGGAGAAAACUUGUAUGCCAUUCUGUUCUUACAUGUUUACUUAAAAGUAUUUUAAAAAAUAAUUCCUGUGGAAGUCCUGCAUGUAAGGAAUAUAGUCUCUAGACUUGCUUUCUUGACACAGACACUGGUAAAGACUAUCUUUAUUGUGGGUAUGUUGCUUUUAUUCCUUCUCUUUAAAUCACAGUGCUUUAUUUUUCCUGAAAACUACAUAGCAUUUGGAUUGGGGAGAUUGAUGGCCUGGAUAUUUUUUCCUUUGCUUUUAUUAUAGAACCUUUCAUAUUAUUUAUUUAUGAUAUAGAAAUGAGUUUUUUGUUUUUUGCUUUGUUGGAAUUUCAUAGGAAGUAUCCAAAGCAUGAGAGCUGCUCUUUUCAUCUUUAAGAUAGUACUGAAGGCGGUACCAUUUUCAUGAUUGGUGUAUUCGUGUUGACGUUGACAUGAUGUCUAUGUCUGAAAGAUUAUUUAAUGUAUGUAAUUUCCUGGUACAUUUUAUGGGAAUGGAUCUUUUAAAAAUGAAUUUAAUGAAUUUCUGCUACAUAAUGAAAUGAUAAAAGGGAAGAGAUUGUUUAAUCUAGAUAUACAAGCUUAUAUCUAAAUCUGUUUCCUUUUAACAAGCCAAAUAAUUCCAACCAGAUUCCCCAACCAAACUUUUUUUUUUUUAAACUUUAAGGUACUUUUUGAACUGUUUACUUUUUAAUAAUUGAACCUGGGUCAUCUUUGUUCUUAUUAUUUUGCUCUUUUUUCUAAGGACUUUGCAUUUCAGUUCAAUUUAGAUAAAGUUAUCAAAAAAGUAAAACCAUUUGGUAUGAAGCAGUGAUGUAAAACCAACCUUCUCCUCAAAAACAAAAAACAAAAAACAACUCUUUCCUCCAUCUUGGAAUAAAUGGCUUCUGAAUAAAUGAACUACUUUUCUAACAGACAUAUAUGCAAAAAGUUGUUUGAUAGAACAUUUUUGUACUUUUAAGUAAUGUAACAAAUGUUCCAAAGAAAAGUAAAGAUAUUUUUCGUUUUAAAAAAGGAAAUAGAAAUAUUAAACAUUGUAAUAUUGCUUUACCCCUGUGGGUAUAUUAACUUUCAUGUAGUAUGCAUUAGAAAAUAAAGCAUAUAGGGGGAAGGCUAGAUCUGACACCAUUACUACACUUGCUAUAAAUGUACUAUGGAUUUUAAUUGGAAAAAAACAUGCUUUUUCUUCUUUUGAGGUUAGUGAUAUUCUUGUUUCAAUAUUUUGCCUUUGUUCUCUUUUUUUCAGUGCCAUUUAUUAAUGAAUCUCUUUUCUCUUAAGGAAAGACCCUUCAAUACCAAAGCAAGUGACUUUCACUCUAUAGUGACCUACAUUUAUCUAACCAGUCUAGUCUACUUGGGCAACUCAUCAAGAAGUCAGAGGAAGAUUAUUUUCCUGCUUUCCCCUCCAAUUUUUCACUUACCAACUUAAUUUUUUAAAAGAGCACUUAAGAUGGAAAUAUUAACAUCUACUGGAAAAGUCACUGGAUUGAGUUCCCCACAUAAUUUCUACAUCAUGGUUAAUUCUGAAGUGGAUUGAAGUCUCAUCAGAAGAACCAGCUUAUUUUGGCUUAUACCUCUGUUUUGGGCAUAUGGGUGGUGGUAUGGGUGUGGGGGUUGUGAAAUUUGAGAGUAUGAAAGAUGAACAGAGAAACCCAGAUGAAGAACUUCUAUUUCAUAUAGGUGAUACCUAAGCACUCUAACAUUACCCUAGUCUUUCUCUGCUAUUCUUGGUCAUAGCUUUUUUUUUACUAAAGGCUUUAGUGUUCACACAUAGAUUAUAAUUUACGUGUUGAAGCAUUAGAGGAGUUUGAAUACAUCUUUGGAGGAAGGAGUAAUAAUUGCCAGGAAUCAUACACAUGCUCAUUGAUAUUUUUUUCCCUCCUAUUUUGUAAUUAAGCCCAGGAAUAGCCCUUGGCCAUUUGAACAGCUUCAUCACUUAAGGGGACCUAUAUUUGUAAGGCAGUUUGACUAUUAAGCUAUUAUACUCAAGUCAUCCUUAGUAAGACUAUAAGCUAUUCUGGUAUGUUUAAAGGAAUGCUUGGAGAGGUACAGAUCAUUUUCUCUACAAUCAAAGCCAUUAAUUAGGGCAUUGAAGUCUGUCAUAUAGUAUGUUAUGAAAAGAAGUGGCAAUACAAUGUCAUUUUUUGAUGUUAAUACAGAUUGCUAACACCUAACAAUUUUAAAGAUAAUUAACAUAAUCCCAAGUUAAAACUUUGUAACAUACUACUCUGCUGAUAAGAGACUGAACAUAUGACCUCAUUCUAUACCUGUGUUCUCCCUUAAUGUCAUGCCUCUAUUUCAUAUUCCAUGUCUUAGACAUAUUUCUCUUUUGGUCUUAACCACAGGGGUAACUACAUGGUACAGUGGAUAAAAUAGUGGCUCUAGAGUCAGGAGGACCUGUAUUCAAAUGCAGCCUCUGACACUGACCCUAGAUAAGUCACUUAACUCCAAUUGCCUUUCAGACGUGACCAAGAAAAAAAAAAUGUUGCUGCUUUCUGAGGCAAUGACAGUCAUGUUCUUAAAUACUCCGUUGUGCAAAUGAAAAUUGCAAUAACUAUGUCAAGUGUUGACCUUUUAAUCCUGGUUUACGAUAAAGGCUUGAAAAGUCCCAGUUUGUGAGCUGUGAAAAGUAAUACUCUUGUAGCAUGUACUUGGCUCUAGUGUACAAAGCCCUAGUAGCUUUGAAGAAAUCAGAGCUAUUUUUUUUUUUUUUUGAGGCAAAUGCAAUACCAAGUUGACAUUUUUAUGACCUUUAAGCCUUGUAAUUACAGGUAUUUUUUUAAAAGAUAUAUCUAAAGGCCUGCCUAUUUUGUCUACAGUCCAUCUCCAGAUACUGUUGUCCUGUGAUCACAUGAGCAAACUAUAUGGGAAAGAGUUUGGCUUUAACAGCUUUUGGCUAUAUUUCAUAUUUUGUAAUCAUGACAGAUUUUUAGUGCCUAAGGCCAUGAGCAUAAUGUGGUAAAACCUCAAUAAUUCAGAAAAGAGCAGUCAUGAUUUACUAGGAAAUCUGGAGAUUUUAAAGAUGCCUUAUGUUAAAAGUACAGUGCUUUUACAAGGCAGUAAGUGUAUGCCAUUAAAUUGGAUAAAUUUUUUAGAGGAUCCAUGAUACAUAUUGAACCACAAAAGGCUUUUAUGAGUUUUUGUACCCACUGUGGAAGGUACAAAGUAUUAAAUCAAUUUGUGAUUCGUAAAAGAUCUCAGAAUUUAUACUUUAUUAGCAACAACCUUGACUUAGCUGUAAGUUACUCAAUUUACUGGAAUUUCAAUUUGGGGAGCAUAAAUUAGGAACUGAAUUUUUAAAAGGUACCAUUCCUAAAUUUCUCAAUUCUUUUUUUUUUUUUUUUAAACUGGGCAGAUUUGACUUGGGAUGUGACAAUGAUAGAAUUAACCUUGAGUUUGCAUCUUCACUCUUAAUGCAUGACUUCUGACACUUUUAGUUUCAAAAUAGCAUAAGGGAAUACAAAAACUUGAAACCCAAAUGUCUAGAGCAUAAUUGGAACCUAAGUUUUUAGUCUUCAAAAUACUUAAUGUGUCAAUGACAAAAUAUUGAUAUUUUCAUAGCUAAUGUUAGAAUUGGGCUAGAACAGAUUUUUUUGACCUGGCUCCUCUAUUAGACAACCUUUCUCCAUGAGGAGUGAAAGACUACUUAGCAGAGGUAUUUUGUCAUUGCCUAGACUGAAGUACAAAGAAAUACUAAAGCUUUUUCCUCCUCUUGAGGGAAAGUCAGUUUUGACUCAAUUUAAAACAAGUUUCUAUUUAGGUUCAUGUUGGUAGUUUUCUACAUCAGUACAUUCAACCCAAUAUUAAGACAUUUGCCAUCAGACAUUAAAAUGACAGGGGCUAGAUAAGAGAAGUUCUGUACAAGGUAGACAUUCUGUGGAGAGUUUCAUGUUCUUCCACUUCUUUCCCUGAAGUCUGAUGAGAAGGGGAGGCUGGAAUAAGAAUGCUAGCAAUAUAAAGAAAUCAAACAUAGCCACGAGCUUUUUACAUCUUACAAUCUGACUCUCCUGAAAAUAGAAUUUACAAAACCACUUAUCCCUACAAAUAGUUAUUGAAUGAUAUAAAAGUCAUUAGGAUGGGUCUUGGAGUGGAGAAAGGAGCCAAGGGUACAAGGAAAUGUAUACUACUUUUUAAGUUUGGGUCAUUUUAGUUUCGUUUGGUCAAGUUUAGAUUUAGAAAAUUCAUUUGGGAUUUUCUUGGCAAAGAUACCGGAAUGGUUGGCUAUUUUCUUAUAUAAUUUUACAGAUGAGGAAACUGAGGCAAACUGGGUUAAGUGACACCAAAAGUGUUUGAGGUCAGUUUUGAACAAUUGAGUUUCCCUGAUUCUAGUCUGGCAUUCUGUCCAAUGUGUAACCCUAUCAGCAGUGCCAUCUACUGGUCAGAUAAUACAGAUUAGAAAUCCUGAAGCAGAAAAAAUAUUUUAAACUAGCUCUCAUCUUUGGGUGAAGUACUGUCACUCUAGUGAGACUUUUCUGCCUACUCGUUUCAGUACUAUGUGAAAACUUUAGAUGUCAUAACCUAGUCUCAAGAAAAUCUGUUCAUCCCUUUAUGUUAAAAAAAAAUUGUAGCGAAAGUAGUAUCCCUACAGGCUCCAACUGUAGAAACUAGUUGCAAGGGUUAUGGAAUCAGGGUAGACACUUUGCUUCACAGUAAGUAGUUGCCAUUAAUACUGGCAAAAAGUGUAAUGAUUAAAAAUAGCUUUUGAGAAGUGGUGUCUUUGUAAAAAUGUGAAGUGGAAUAUAAACUUGUCCUUCAAAAUUGUAAUUCUUUAGCCUAUUGGUAUUUUGUAAAAUGCUAGUCAUGUGAAUGUUAGUAUUCAUGCUGUGAGUAUAUGAGAUUUUACUAAAUAUGUAUUUAUACAUAUGUAUAUAACUGUAGCUUUUAACUUAUAUCUAUGAUCUUAUUCCUAUAAGUUCCCAGGUGAGGAAACUUUCAAUGAAGAUGAGCAACCCUUCUGCAACUACAGUUACUUGUAUCACUGAGAAGUGACUUUGACAGGGUCACAUAAACAUUAAGACAGACUUAAGUGCAACUGUUUACCAUCCAGUUGUUGCCUCAAUGUGGGUGCAUCCUUAACCCUGCUAUCCCCUAACACUUUCCCUCUUUCCCCCCUCCGCAACGUUAACUGGUAGUCACUCCAAAUAGCAUUAUUAGAAAAAUGAA